UCUAAUUAGACACAACUUGAUUAUCUCGAUUUAUUUAAAAGUUAACAUAACACUUGUUCUAUUCAUAAAGAUAUAUGGAAUCCAUUAUAUGCGUAAUUAUAUGAGGUAUACAGUAAUGUAGCAAUAAAAAGUUACUAAUUGACUAUUGUUUACAUUCACACUGAUAAGUUAUCAAUUUGACAAUGACAUUUUCAUGCUGUUAUCUAACCUAACUCGGAGCUAAUUAUUGUAUUAAAAUUGUAAAUAACAAUGGCUUAUGACUUAAAACGUGAAGAAGAAGUGAAAGAGUACAUCGAGAACCUGGGUAUAGAAUAUCGUUUUGGGUGUUAUAAAGAGAAAAAGCCAGAAGUAUGUCACCUGUUAGGUGACUAUUUGGAGGCAAUAAAAAAAGAUUUUGAUAAGGCGGGAAAGGUCUUUAAGAGUAAUUGUGACGAUUAUAACUACGGAAAGUCGUGUCUGAAGUACGGAAACUACGUUUUGAUUGGGCGCGGGAAGGACAAGCCUGACCCAAAUGGUGCGUUUACAUACUUCGAAAAAGGCUGUGAACUUGGUGAUCCCACGGCCUGUAUGCAUGCUGGUUUGCUCCUCACCUCUACUGGACCUAGCCUCAAUAUAAAACGAGACGUUUACAAAGGUUAUAAUUUACUAAAAAAAGCAUGCGAUAAGAAUGAAGAAAUGGCAUGCCAUUACUUGUGCGGAAUGUAUCUCACUGGCGUACCGAAAAAUCCAAAGGAAUUCAACCCGCACAAUCCGGAGAAGAACAAAAAUAUAGAAUUCCUUAUAAAAUCUGAUAUGAAACAGGCAUUUCAAUUUGCGAAAAAAGCUUGCGAACUUGGGAACAUGUAUGCUUGUGCCAAUAUUGGUAUCAUCGGGGGCUCUGGUUUCGAUGAUCCUGCACUAUUCGAGGAUCCUAUUGAGAGGGAAGUGACUACGCCCUUUGGCAAACCCUCUGACGUGCUAAUUGAAGGCAGGAUCAAGGGCGUGUCAUGUGUUUUGCUCGCUCGACAUGGCAGGAAACAUCAGUAUCAGCCCAGUGACAUCAACUAUCGUGCGAACAUCUGGGCGUUAAAGGAAAUAGGGUGCACACACGUGCUGGCGACCACGGCCACGGGCUCGCUAGUCGAAGACUACCGCCCUGGAGACCUAGUCAUUGUCGACGACUUCAUUGACAGAACUUGGGGUCGAAAAUGCACCUUUUACGACCGCACAGAGGGCGGUCCUCGUGGCGUCUGUCACCUUCCCAUGAGGCCCGCGUUCUGCGAGAAAGCGCGUCAGGCCAUGUACCAGGCUGCCAGAGCGAGGAACUAUCCCUGCCAUGAAAAGGGUACUGCAGUUGUCAUACAGGGACCUAGAUUUUCGAGUCGCGCAGAAAGCUUGAUGCACAAACAAUGGGGCGGACACUUAGUGAACAUGACCACUGUGCCAGAGGUGGUGUUAGCAAAAGAAGCAGGACUAAGUUAUGCAGCAGUUGCUCUCGUCACAGAUUACGACUGUUGGAGAGACAAUGAAACUUCGGUAUCAGUGACCGAGGUGCUAGCGAUGUUCGCUAAGAACGUAAAAAAAGCCGCCGACGUGGUGAUCGACGCUGUACAGAUCCUUGCUUCAGACAACGACAUCGGUUAUAUAGACGCGCAUAAGGACCUGGUUACCUCAGCAAUUAUGUUAAAAGAAUAAUCUUUAUAGUGCAAGUUAUAAAUUAUAACCGACUAAAGGCUGAUGGUGCUUUGGACCGUCGCCAUGUUGCAGAUUAUAAAAUCUACUGUCAACAACACA